AUGGUCCGCUUUGCCCGUGAUUUGUUCGCUAAUGUACAGUAUGCUCAAUCAGCUGUCUCAACGUAUCCGUCUGGCACGAUGGGAUAUCUGAUCUGCUCGAAAUCGAACCGUGACGUGACAACUCCAUCACGAAUUUUGACGGAAGAUGACAUCACGAGAAUGAAUCUACGAUACUACAACUCUGAGGUGCAUUCUGCCGCCUUCGUUUUGCCUCAGUUUGUUAAAAAGGCUCUCGAGAAGAAGUGA